AUGCGGUGGCCCUUCCGAGACAGGAAACAUGGUGCAGCAGCGUCAUCACCCCAGUCGAGUGUACCGCUGGGGCCAGAGGCCAAAGCACAGCUGCCAGCACCGGCUGUUGCGUCGCCGAGUCGCAGCGACUCGGAACGUCGAGCAUCGCGCCCCAGUUCGGUGGCAGCGCUACAGGCACUCGAUCGACUGACCGUCAUCGAACACAGGACAGGCGCUGAGCGUUCGAGUCCCUCGGCGUUGCAGACAGCGCAGACUGGCCGAAUAUCUGGCCAAAUGGCGAGUAGCGAGCCGAUGUCGUCUGGCUUUCCCAGAGCAGCCGAGCGCAGAGCCGGCGACGUGCACCGGUCCACGUCGGCGCGCAGCGCCCACGGGAACAGUGCUGGUACACUGGGCAGCGUCAGCUAUCCCAGCAGCGAUACGAUGACGCGACCUGAGCCGCUGUCUCGAUACUCGCCCGGCACAAGCGAAACCGACGACGAGAGCACUUCGAGCGACUCUACAGUGCCGGACGCUGUCGAUCAGCAGCGGACUGCGCACCAGGCUUUGGCGCUGGGGACAGCGUGGCCGAGGCCCUGCGACCCGGGAGCCGCCGAGGAGCCCAUACCCGAGCCUGCCCUCUCGGCAGCAGCGAGUCACGAGCAGUCGCCCCCGAUGCCCAUUGCGGGAACAUCGAGCGCGUUUGCUGCAGUGUGGAGCCAGCGCCGCGGCCCGCGCCCCGACGCCCCAAGCGACGCGUGGCGCUGGCGCUCUGCCGCCUGGGCGACGGACACAGGCACCCCGGUAGGCUCGCCACCGCCGUCAUCCGCUGGCGCCACUGGUGCUGGUACUCCUUCGCUACCAAGCGUCGCUUCGCUGGCAGAUGCUGCAAGCGAGCGUCAGCCCGGUGCCGCACCGAACGGCACAGCGUCCUCGGGUGGCAGCGGUAUGGGCGCAUUCGGCACCAGCUUCCAUGCUCCUGCCUCAUUGUACGGAGUUGCGGGUGCACGCGCCGCGGCACCACCGAGCUUCCGCGAGAGACGCUCAAGGUCGCGCUCUCGUCGAUCCCAGUCGUCCUCGGACGCGGGUCACAGUCGAUCGCCCCGCGGACGUUCCCAGGUACGCAGUCAGGACGAUUUCCUGUAUCAGCUGCAGGCAUGCAGCCAACCGUUAUACAGUAGUCGCAGCUGGGACGCUCGCCAUGCAGCUCAGGUGCGACAACGAGUCGAGGCACUCAACGACCUGGUCGACUGGGCCGAGACCCAGCCAGACGCGUUUGCCCCCGACGCCGCAGUGUACAGCGCGCUACUGAUUCUCGUCCAUGAGCACUUGGCAGCCAGGGAGCCACCGCCCAUGUCCGAAGACGAGCGUCUUGCGCUCGCCGACGACGAGGUCUUCGUUCCAUGGAGCUUGCCUGGCGGGCAACCGGUGCCUACCAGCGUAUCGAGCCGGAGCCCGGCUCCAGCGGCAGGCGACACUGACCCAACGGCAGGCGAUACCUGGUGGCCCCAGGUCGAGUGUGCGUAUGCGCUGGUGCUCGAGUUCCUGGACCCCGAACGCCACGAUACCGACGUACGUCAGCAACGACUGGCUGGUCUGGUGGCCGUCUCGCCGACCACACGCGUGGAUCUCUGGGAACGACUCAUUCCGCACAUCCUGCGACUGUUCCAGGCACCCGCUUACGAACGCGAAUACGUCAAGAUCUGUUUGUACCGUAUCUAUGCGCGUUUUCGGGACCUGCGAACGCUGAUCCGCAGUCGCAUCAGUUGCGAUCUUUGCUUGCCCUAUCGCUACGAUGGCGUUGCGUAUGCACAGCUGGUGCGUGGACUUGCCGAUCUGCUGAGUAUUCUGGUGCUCAUUAUCCAGGGGUUGGCUGUACCGCUCAAGCGAGAGCAUGCGGAGUUUUAUUGUCAGGCGUUGCUUCCGCUUCACGCACCAGAUGGAUACGUGGUGUACGCGACGGAGCUCAUAGAGUGUGCGCUUCAGUUUGCUGCCAAGGACAGCACGCUGGCAACCGCUACGGUGAUGUACCUGCUUCGACACUGGCCAGUGAGUCAUACGCGCAAAGAGAUGCUCUUUCUCGAUGAAAUGGCGUCGUUGUUGGAGCAGCAAUGGCGGGCAGCACCAGCGCGUGGACUAGAGCAGCAGCAGCAGCAGCAGCAGCAGCAGCAGGAGGCACCCGAUUCCCGCGAUGCAUCGCUGGUGCCUCUGGUGUUUCGCCGACUGGCGCGUUGUAUGACUUCUGCGCACCGGGACGUCGCCGAGGAGGCGCUUUUGCUGCUCCUGGAGAAUGACUCGGGGCGCGAGUAUGGCUCAGCGGGCGACCCCUGGGACGCAGUUGGCCAUGCGACCCCCAAUCGCAUUCUUCAUGACAAUGACGACGAUGAUGAUCAGCAGCAGCAGCAGCAGCAGCAGCAGCAGCAGCAGCAUGGACGCGCUUUGCUGCACCAUACCGCUGACGAGUCCAGACCCGCUGGACACCAUGGAGUCCACCAGCAGACCUAUGGACGCAAGCAGCAUCCCGCGUUGGAAACACCGCGUUCAUGGUUUCGCCAAAUGCUGUUGCUGUAUCGAAGUGAUACGUUUCCGGUACUCGCCGAGGCUAUUUACGUGAACGCGCGUCACUGGGACUCGCGCAUCCAACAGCUGACACGACAGUUGCAGACCCUGCUCAUGAACCUGGAUGCCGAUACCUACGAAACGUGCCUGCGUCAGCGUCGAUCCAGAAUGAGUCGACGCGGUGAACGAAGCUCGAGCGUUCGUCGGACACAUGCCGCCAUCGCUCUCAGCGGAUGA